GGCGGAGGAGGUGUAGUGUGGCGGGAAAUCAGAACGGGAGUAGCUAUAUGCAGGUGUGGAGAGGUCUGGCAUUUAGACUUGGGUUGCGGUUGUGGCGAGGAGGGACCAGGGAGGGAGAGGGGGAAGGAGGAGGGCGAGGAGGGAGGCAACAGGGAGGGACUACUGAGGGAGAUGAGCGCGCGAGGACGUCCUGGCAACCUCACAGACCUCCGCGGGAAGAGGUGGGAGCUGCCUCAGUCGUGAUAUUACAGUGGAAGGGGGAGGCUGUGUCACUAGGAUAUAGGGGCUGCGUCAGCGAGCCGUGGUGGUGUGGCCGUGGGUUGGCAGGACAGAGGCCCACACCUUCCUGCAUGAGCUACUUGAGAGUCAGUGCAGCGGGAAACAGCGGCCUCCACACAGCUGCCCCUUCCGCCCUCCACGACAGCCAGAUGGUGUUGGGCGGAGGAAGUGAGGGCGGGCGGUAUGGGUCAGUAGGGGAGAGCGGCGGCCUGAUGGGGGAGUUCCAGUACUGCGGGAGUGGCGGCAACAGCAGGAGCGGCACCAGCAGCAGCUCCAGCAGCGUGGUGGACGAGGCCGACCACUGCCACAUGACACACGACGUCUACCAGCGCCAGCCCCUGCUCGCUAACCACGACUCCUACAUCAACGCCAACGGGGUGAGUAAGGAUGGCAGCGGCAGUGGCAUGGUGAAGAUUCCCAUUCCGACGCCUCACAGAGAUGAACCAAGAUUCCCGAAGGAGAAAUUCAAAACCCUCCUUGCCUUCCUCUUCCUCUUCUCCAACUGGAUCCUCACCACGGCGUCGCUCGCCCUCACCCACGAGCGGGUCCCCAACUACAAGCCGCUGCCCGAUGUCACUCUAGAUGCCAUCACACCGCAGGAUUGGGGCCUCGACGUCUCCGAGAUUAUCAUCAUGAUCUCCAUGUACCUGUGUGUCAUGGUCUUGUUAUUCCACAAACACAGAUGGAUUCUCUUCCGGCGGGUAUUUUUAAUGAUGGGUCUGCUGUAUUUCUACCGCUCCAUCACCAUGUACGUGACGGUCCUCCCCGUCGCCAACCCCAACUACCCUUGUGCCCCCAAAGCAAACUACACCAGUCCAGUGUUAGUCGCCAAGCGGGUGAUCCAGCUGCUCUCAGGGUUCGGCUUGUCCAUCAACGGGAAGCACACCUUUUGCGGCGACUACAUCUACUCCGGCCACACAGUCUGCCUUGUCCUGGCGUACUUGGUUGUCAGAGAAUACACGCCGCGGCGCUGGUGGCUGCUGCACUGGUGCUUCGCCCUGCUGGCAGUGACGGGCGUGGUGAUGGUCCUCAUCGCCCGGGGCCACUACACUGUGGACUGCAUCAUUGCGUACUACAUCACCACUCGGAUAUUUUACAUCUACCACACACUUGCAAACAAUGCAAAUCUCAAGGAGAGUGGUCCAAACAACUUCUUUGAGCGGUUAUGGUGGUAUCCGCUAUUCUGGCGGUUCGAGCGUAACGUGCAGGGCGUCGUGCCCCGGCACUAUGAGUGGCCGCUGCCCUGGCCCAGGAGGUGGAGCAGCAAAAACCCACAAAGAACCUCCUAGUCAUUUACUAUGUAUUGAUAAGCUCACCUUUGUUGCAUUUUAAACACUGAAACACUUAAGUCACUGCUCAUUCAAAAGAAACUCCAUUGGGCUAUCUCAGACGACAAAUGUUCAACCCCAAUGUAUGAUCACCAGGCUCAGUGAGUGUGAGGAGCAAGUGGCAGGCUUGGAAUGACGAGGAAUGUGCAUCACUGCCCCUUCGGAACAUGAGGGUUUAGCAACAAGUGGAAAGUUGUAACCAGAAUCCCCAAAGAACAGGAACUGUGGAUAGUGAAUGGCUCACCGGCAGCUUUUUAGUUUUCCUAUCAAGUGUGUGUGGAGAGCAGCACUUGUGGCGAACGGUGAACCUUGCCGUGAAAAGUAAAGUGUGUAGCCGAGUUCGUGUUUUUGGGUCUCUGCGAGUGACCUGCGGAAAAUGACAUCUUCCACACACAACACACUAGUCCGUAACAGCCACUCCUGUAGAUCCGAUGAAACCUCUGGAGAAAUUUUUAACCAUAUAGGCAUAGAAUAGGUAUAUAUAUAUAUGUAUAUACAUAUAUUUUUUAGAAGAAUCAUACACCCCCUAUGUUAGUCUUCUCUAAUGUCUAUAGAUAUCAUUAUCAUUUUUCAUAUCAGGUGUUUUAUACCUCAUUAAACAGUGUAAAGAUAGUGUCCAGGAGUGCAAGACAAAAGUGCCAAUGAGAAGUGCAUUUUGUAACUGCCCUGACCACCACCAACACGCCGCGCAGCCCGUGGUGGGCGGCGGCACGCAGGGACGACUCACCUAAUUGUAAGCUAGUUGAUUUUCCACCCAGAACUGAAUUAUAUAUGUGAUAAACUUUUUUUUUUUUUUUUUUUUUCCAUUGUACAAAAGUAUCAAUAUAAGGAUCUUGUAAAUUUUAACUUGAAAAUAGGUCAUAAUACAAACAGAAAGGUUAUAACAGCAGGCAGUGAUUGGAGGAAAGAAGCUUUGUAAGUUUGUACUCGGGCAUGAGAAAAUAUUUUUGUAAUAAUUUCUUCUCUGCUGACGGCUGAUGAGUGAAUGGAGAGUAAUGGAUACUACUACUAUGAUUUCAGUAUUUGAUCACAUCUUCCCACAUACAUAUUUUAUAGAAGUGGAUGGC